AACAUUAACACUGUAUCACAUGUCAGUGGCAAGUGAAAGUGUUGAAGAAUUCCUUUCCUUACUUUGUGAAGUAGUUGAUAAAGGUGGCAAUAUAUCUGGAGACAUACGUCUUAGCAAUGCAGAGUCAUCUUGGCUACGACUGACAGCUGGCUGUGCGCUCUUGAAAAUGUCUACUGAUCCUGUUGUGUGGAAGAAAGUCUCAAUACUUCACAUGGCUACAAUCAGUUCUCUCAUACUUGAUGAAAAUGAGAAUGUCUGUCUGCAGUUUGUUAGAAAGUUAUGUCAUCAUCUGGCUAACGAGAACUUCCCUGUUGAUUUCUUUGCUUUCUUUUCUUUGGUUGGCAUGGAGAAACGACAACAUCUUAGAGAUAAAUUUGAAGAUUAUUUCCAUGACUGUGUGAAAGCAAAGUGGGCAGAGAUUGGCAAGAUUUGUGGGAAUUCUAUGGGGAACAUGGAGAACUGUCCAGGCACUGUCAACAAUAUUAUACCAGAAACCAGCAUUAAUGCUGUGAUUGCCUUACUGGCUUAUUAUCCGGAGUUAAAGGAUGUAAAUGAGAUGGUAAUAAAGAAAGAGAUUUGUGCUUGUCUUAAAUUCUUCUGGGGUCUGAUGCUUCUUCAUAAAUUCAGCACUGUACAUCCAUCAGUGAGCUCUUACAAGGAGUUUCUGGACAAAAUCAAGAGGAGUGUUAGCUCUAUUGACCCUGAUGAUGAACAAGCAGCUGAGCGAUUGCGUGUGGUUGCCCUUCUGGCAGGUGCAACUCUACAAGGAGCAUGUCGACAAGUACACAGGUCUGGAACAGAGAAAGUCAUCAUCACACCAAACACCAAAUAUUAUUUAAUACGCUGACCACAAUGUCAAGUGGAAUAAGGUACAUUAUCAAAGUAUGGUGUGUCAUAUCAUAACAGGCAGUGUGAACAAUGUUAAAGAAAUAAUGAUAGGGUUAUUAUUAGGAGACUGUAAUUCUUAUUGUUGCUUCGGCCCAGUUGGAGAAAAAGAAAAAAAGAAAUGAUAAAGAAAAGCAAUGUAUUUUAUAACUUGCCUAUGUGACUGCAAAUAAUAGUAUUGUGUAUGUAUAGCAAUUACGGCCAAGUGUAAACUGGAAGAUUCUGGAAAUAUCUUUUUGUCCCAGAUAAAUAGCAUGCUACUGUGUAAUUAUAAUGAUGAAAAAGAGAGAUUUUUUUGGUUAUUAUUAUUUGUUGUGUGUGUGUGUGUGUGUGUGUGUGUGUG